AUGACGACAUUAUCGGGGCGACGACACGUAUCGCUUCUGUAUCUGCUGGUGCUCCUCCAAUGCGUCAACGUCUGCGUCGUAGCAAUCGCACGCACGCAUGGGCAAUUCUACUUCCCCGAAACGCCACCGCAGCAGAAGCUUGAGCCAGUGAUACAGCAGCUGAAAGAGCUGGGCUUUUCCCAGUACCAAGCCGCAGACAACCAAGCGUCCUGGGACAAACUGUCGACUGAAAACGCAUCGUUUGACCUUGUGUGGAGCGUAACUGCAUCCCCUCCGUUUGCACAGCUGGAGCUUCCGCACCAAUUUGACGCUAAAGUGAACCAUCUGCCAGGGGCUGAGCAGCUCACGUCGCCGGACGCAUUAAGCCAACACUUGGCCUUGCAACAGAGAAAACACGCCAAGUUCUUUUUCGACUUUAUGCCGGCACACUACGAGCUGCCACGUGACCUGGCACAGCUAACUAAAGCGUACACGGACGUGCGCAAGAAAUCCGACAUGUCGCCCAAGCGCGGAUACGACCCUAAUGUACAUCGGCGCUUUCUGCUGCGCGAACGUGCUGUCAACGGCGAUGAUGACUUGACCACUCAUGCUGAGGUUUUUGUUACUGAUGCAGACUUGCAGUCGAAACUGCAGUCGAGUGCGUUUAAGGGGAAGACGGUCGUAGUGGACCAGUUCGUCGAGCCGCUGCUGUUAGAUAACCACAAGUUUCGUGUUGGAUUUUACGUAGUUGUCACGUCUAUCGACCCGCUACGUGUGUACGUCUACAAUCACCCAUUGAUCCAGAUCGCUAAGGCUGAGUAUCCAAGAAGGUUAGAGGUUGAGACUGAUCCUGCCGCCUAUAAUUUUGACCAGUACAUCUCUCCGUGGGACUUUCCGGAUCUGCAAACAUGUUUUCAAGAACUACCAUCUGCUACCAGGGAAGGAACGAAUGCAUGGUAUAUUCUGAAGCGUUAUUUACGGCGACAAGGAAUUGACACGAAGCAUUUGCAGGAUAAUGUGGAUGCUACGAUCGCCAAGGUGGUGCUCAGUAACCGCGGUAAUUUCAAGAGCGAGCAAGCCAAAGUGAAGCGUGCAGGUGAAGGUGAGGGACGCCAUCCGUCAGAUCUCAGCGAUAAUUUCUUUGAAAUGUGGAAGGUCAACUUUGAAUUCGACAGUGGAGGCAAGCCGUGGCUUCUUCGUGUAGUUUCCAACCCCUUAAUGGAAGCCACGCAGUCCGUACUCGCUACUGACGAAGCUAUAAAGAAGCAGCUGCUGUAUGAUCUCAUUAAUCUUGUGGGCGUGCAUCCUCAAGCUAGGCUUCCGUUUGAAAGAUUCUUCCUCCCUGCUGACGCUAUAUUCUGUUCGGACAAGUGUCACGACAAGAAUCGUGCAUGGGACCCUACCUGCUGGUCUUGCCCUGGGUGGUUUGCACCGAAUGUCGCGCGCAAACUGUUCGCCGCAUCGAUGGAGUAUGCUCGACGCGGCAGCUUUAACCUUGUGUUUCCGUCGCUGGAGCAGAAAUUGUCCAAGUUUCUAGACACCGAGCUUUCCGAAUACGACAUUGCAUUCGACCGGUAUCUAAAAUCACUCUCUAGCGGGUACUCUAAUCUGGAAGAUUUUCCAGCAUCUGAACGCACAGUUGAGUGUGUGUAUCGAGAACACUGCAGCGACCAUGGCAAUUGUGUGAAUGGCAUGUGCUCUUGCGACAACAAUUACGAGGGGCGAACUUGCUACAUCCCGAAAGACUUUGAGCAAGAAGAAGAACCUGAUCAGCAGGAGUCUGAAGAUGCGGGAGCUCAGAUUGUUGAGACAUGGAAGGAAAAGGCUGAGAAUUUCGUGUUGAACCGCAGCGACGCCACUACCGAUCUCAAGAGGCCAUUAGCUGGGGUUGGAGACGCCUCUGUCUCGACCACAUUACUUCUAUUAGUUCUUCUUGGUGUCCUUCUAUUCGUGGUCUGUCGAGUCUUCAGAUCACGUUGGUCAAGCGCAAACGACGGCCUUCCUCACGAUGGGAAGUUCAUGUAG